UCUUUUAGUUUCAGAAUUAAACUUCAGUUUUGCAAAUGUUAAAACCUUCACCAGCCCACUGAUUUCUGGCUCAGAAUUGGGUUUGGGAGGGAUUAAACCCGGGCAGGAGCUCGGGCUGCACCAGGGGGGGUCUCACAACGUGAACCUUUGGGGGUCUUUUUAAGGGAAUUUGUUGAAUUUGUUCAGUCGUCAUUUGUGAGGCAGAACUGAAAGUAGGACUGAAAUUUUGGCUUGAAAUGAGGGGGCUGAACUUGUGCACUGAGACAUCUGCCAUAUCAAGCAGGUCCAGGCACCUGAUAGCUUCGUUUAUCAAAUAACAAGCCUUUAUCUCUAAUGAUCCCUCCCCCACUUUCGGGCUCAGCUCCAGCUCAGAGCUUGGGCAAGGUCUGCCCUCUGUCCUGUCACUUUGGAAACCCCCAGGGUUCGGAAGCACCACCCCCUCCUGUCCCAUCCUGUGUUUGUUCCUUUUUCCUGCCAAUUUAACUCUCUCACUGCUCUGGAAACGCUGUUAUCUGAGCAUUCCUUGAGCUUUCCUCCUGCAAAUCCCCUCUGAGGGAAUCGCUUUGUGCUUUUUUCACAUCCGUUUACCCACAAUCAAACCUUUGCAGCUUUCAGAGCUCACUUUGGCAGUGAAAUAUUGCUGUUUUACCAGGACACGUUCCUGCUGAGCUUCUGUUGGUCCGUUUGGUGCUGGUAAUAACUUACACAAGACCCCAGAGGACCAAAAGCUGCUGCCCCUGUUGGUUUGGGGUGCAGGGAACCAGGUCGUGCUCCUGCAACAGUGGGAACGGGGAGGGGGGGGAACCAGAGCGGGGUUUCCUGCUGCUGAGUGCUUCCACCCCACAGAGCCCAGGGAACGUCAGCCCCUGAGGCUUCUCUGCAAGGAUGGGGAAAGGAACCCAAAGGCCAAAUUCUUCAAGCCAAGAGGAACCACUGAACACCUGCAGUGAUCCAGAGAAAGAGCCCAAAUAUGGCUCCUACAGAACCAUGACCGGCCACAGAACAUCCCCCAAGAUGCGUGUUCUCCUCGCUCUGUGUGUGCUCCUGGGGAUCCUCAGCUUCAGCCUGGCUGUGACAGUGACCAUUCUCAGUGUCAGACCCCGUUUCUCUGAGCUGGAAUUCUCCCACGUGUGCCCAGACACCUGGCCUGGUUUCCAAGGAAAAUGUUAUUAUUUUUCUGAGGCUGAGGGCAACUGGACCAGGGGCCAGGAAAGGUGUGAGGCCCUGGGAGCUUCACUGGCUACCAUAAGCACCAGGGAGGAACUGGCCUUCCUUCUGCGCUAUAAAGGUGAAGCAAACCACUGGAUCGGGCUGGAAAAGAGGGAUAAUGGCUGGGAGUGGAUCAAUGGCACAGCCUUGAACAGCAGGUUUGAGGUGAGGGGUGGGGGCCCCUGUGGGUACCUGAACCAGGGCAGGAUCAGCUCGUCCCUGUGCCACACGGAGAAGAACUGGAUCUGCAGCCGCCCCAACAACUUCGUCCUGUGGGAGGGGAAAUUAAGAGACUCCAAAUCGGGACUUUCAGCCUAAAUUUCCGGCCAGACGAUGGAGCUUCACCUCAGCACUGUAACUG